AUGGCGAUAGAAGUUGAUUUGAUUCAGCUGAAUUUGGAAAUUUGGAUUGAACAAGAAAGAAAGAGAGGAAUAGAAAGUGUGAGAGAAUGGGAAGAGAUGAUGCAGAUCGAUGGAAUAUCUAAAAUUACUCUUAUUAAGUGCAGGGGAGGAAGCAUGUACAGGCUCAUCCUGGCUUGGGCCACCCCUAAGAAAGAAAUUUUUUUCUAUGAAGUAGUAAAAGUUGACCCAUUUAAGUUCAAGUCCAGGUUUACAUUUGGUCGAGCCGGGGUAACAAUCCGCUUAAACCAAAAUGUACGAGGAAAAGAAGAAAAAAAAUUAUUCUGUUCGUCAAGCAGGGCUGCGGGAGAAGGGAAAAGAGGGGAAAGAAAAGAAAACCCUAGGCUUAUAGGAUACAAUGCCGACUCACCGUCCACCAUCCAAACACAAAUGAGGAAUUUGGAAGCGUUUUACAACCUUAUACCUAAAGAACAAAAACUUUUAUCAGAUAAGAUUGCUGAGAACAUUGAGCCCGAUGAAGUAGUUUUCGCGAGAAUCGAACCCGAAGAUUUGCUCAUCCGAAGAACUCAAUUACAAGAAAUCAGACCUGAAGCUCAAGGAAUGGAAGUUACUCCAUUAGAACGUGAUCCGGGACUACGUAUUCCAAUAAUGCAACAUGAUGUUAACAAGCAUGAUGAAGUUCGAAGAGCAUAUUUGAAGUUAGGACCUUAUCAACCUAAAUUAGAUUAUCCACUCUCUAAAUUCGGAAAGAAAAACCGUAGGUUCAAUUAUACUUGGUUCGCGAGAUAUCCUUGGUUGGAGUACUCACCUUCUAAAGAUAGUGCAUAUUGUUUUCAUUGUUUCCUCUUCGAAACAGAUCCACCAAAGAAGCCAGCAUUCACUAGUAAAGGUUUCAGAAGAUGGUGCUCAGUUAAUAGUGGAUCAGAUUGUCCAUUCCUAACUCACUCGGGAAACGUUGAUUCUGGUCACUCCACUGCCAAAGGGAAUUCAGAUGAUCUUAAUAAUUCAGCUCAAAGAGUCGGUCUCUUAAUGGAAAGAAAAAGAAAAGAAGAUGUAAAGAGAAAUAGGUUGCGUCUCAAGGCAACAAUUGAAUGUUUAAUGUGGCUUGCUUUCCAACAAUGUGCAUUCAGAGGUCAUGAUGAGUCAAAAAGUUCAAGGAAUCGCGGGAAUUUUAUUGAGUUGUUAAAGUUUUCAGCAAUACUUAAUGAAAAUGUGAAUUCAGUUGUUUUGGAAAACGCUCCUGGAAAUGCCAAAUAUUCGUCACCGAGUGUUCAAAAAGAGAUUUUGAGCAUUAUAUCUAACAGAGUUAGGAGUAAAAUUCGCGAGGAAAAUGAAAAUGCUAAAUAUUGUAUACUUGUUGAUGAAUCCAGAGACGCUUCCAAGAAAGAGCAAAUGGUGAUUGUUUUAAGGUAUGUAGAUAUGUAUGGUUGUGUUCAAAAAAGGUUUUUUGAUAUUCAACGUGUUGAUGAUACAUGCGCAUUAACUUUGAAAAAAAGAAUAACAAAAAUCCUUAAUUAUUAUGGUAUUGAAAUUGAAAAUAUGCGAGGGCAGGGGUAUGAUGGUGCUAGUAAUAUGCGAGCUCUUGUGAAGACAUCUGAAGCGAUGGGUCCUAUUUGGAAAUUAUAUUCAAUGUUAACAUCAGUAGUUAAUCUCGUUACAACUUCUUCUCAUCGUUUUGGUGACUUUCAAUCUGCCGGGAAGAAGAGAUUGAAAAAGGAUCAUAUUGGAGCAAGUGAUCCGAACGUGACUGCUAAAGUUGGUGAAGCUCAAAGUAUUUCUGAAGAAAUGAGAUCAUUCAGGUUUUUCUUUGUCUUGCAUUUGAUGUAUAAAAUUAUGGGAAUUACUGAAAUAUUAUGUCAAAGCUUACAAAAGAAAACACUAGACAUUGUUAAUGUUAUGUCUUCAGUCUCAACCACAAAAGCUCUACUUCGAGAAUUGAGAGAAGAAGGUUGGGAAGAUUUUAUUACAACUGUGGUUAAAUUUUGUGGUAAACAUGAUGUUCAUAGACCUAAUAUGGAGGCUCGCUAUAUGGAGGGUACGGGUCGUUCUUGUCAGCAGCGUGAUAAUAUCACAGUAGACCAUCAUUAUCGUGUUGAUAUAUUUAAUGAUACAAUUGAUUGUCAGUUGUUAGAGUUGGAUCGUAGGUUUCCAGAAGACACAAUAGAAUUACUAAUUCUGAGCUCGUGUUUGGAUCAUAGAGAUUCUUUUAAGUCAUUCAAUGUGGAUAGUCUUUGUGAUCUUGCUAAGAAAUUCUACCCUCUAGAUUUCAGUCGGCAAGAGGUACAUAUUUUGAGAAAUGAGUUACAACAUUAUGGCCAUGAUGUAGUUAGAGAUUUGAAUUUUCAGAACUUAUCAAGUGUUUCUGAGUUGUGCCGGAAGCUAGUAGCUACCAAGAAGGCAGAAACUUACUCAAUGAUUGAUAGGUUGAUUCUUAUUGUAUUGACUCUUCCAGUUUCUACUGCAAGUGCAGAAAGAUAUUUUUCAACAAUGAAAUUGGUUAAAACAGCAGCUCGCAACAAGAUGGAAGGAGAUUUUCUUAGGGAUUGCAUGAUGAUCUACAUCGAACGAGAAAUUGCAGGAGCUAUUGAUAUUGAUUCGAUCAUAGAUGAAUUUGACGACAUGUACGAUCGCAAGGUACCACUUAGGUACUAG